AUGCGUCGGUGUUCCGGGUCUGGGGAUGUAGACGCUGUGGAGCUUGUCGAGGUAGCGGUUGAAUCUGGUGCUGCUCCUGGGGGUGGUGCUGCUGGAGGUGCUGAGCCUGAGCGUGCGGAGCUUGGGGGUGCUGAGCCUGAACGUGCAGAGCCUCGGGGUGCUGAGCUUGAGCGUGCGGAGCCUGGGGGUGCUGGGCCUGAGCGUGUGGACUCUGGGGGGGUGCUGAGUCUGGUGGAGUUCCUGCAGGUGCCUCGUCUCGGCGGGAGCCUCUCUCUCCACCGCAGCUGCGCGAGUGGUUUUCUCGCAGAUGGAGAUUCAAGCGAGGAGCUGAUAGAGCUGAGGGGGCUGCCAUUGGAGCCCAUGGAGCUGGUGCUACUGGAGCUGUUGGAGCUGGAGGUGCUGAUGGAGCUGGAGAUGCUGGAGGUCCUGCUGGUGCUGGAGCUGCCGUAG